CCUUUCGCCAUUUCGCCAUCGCCAUUCUUUAACAAGCUACAGUGCUCGAUGAUCAAUUGAAGCAGAAAUUAAAACAACCCAGAAACAAAAGACUUGAAAAAUGCCUCUAGGCGGGGUUAAGAACAUCGUUCUGGUUCUCUCCGGAAAAGGUGGCGUUGGCAAAUCGUCCGUCACUCUACAACUCGCCCUCGCCCUGUCGCUGCAGGGAAAAUCGGUCGGAAUCCUCGAUAUCGACCUUACAGGUCCUUCAAUCCCACGUCUCGUCGGACUCGAAGGCGCAAAGAUCACACAGACACCCGGUGGCUGGCUCCCGGUGGACGUCCACCCUGCCGAACAACCAGAACAGCAACCGGGACGAGGUUCUCUGAGAUGCAUGUCGUUAGGCUUUCUCCUUCGAGACCGCGGCGAUGCUGUGAUUUGGCGCGGUCCUAAGAAAACAGCCAUGAUCCGACAAUUUCUGGCAGAUGUCUUCUGGGGGGAAACUGACUACUUGCUCGUGGAUACCCCCCCGGGCACGAGUGACGAGCAUAUCGCUCUCGCCGAACAGCUUCUGACUAUGUCUUCUACAAACCCCCCACCAUCAUCCAGUGUGCCUCGUCUCGCGGGCGCUGUUCUUGUUACAACCCCUCAGGCUAUUGCGACAUCAGAUGUGCGCAAGGAGGUCAACUUCUGUGUGAAGACUAAAAUCCCAACCCUGGGAGUGGUUGAGAAUAUGUCGGGCUAUGCGUGCCCUUGCUGCGGCGACGUCAGCAACCUCUUUUCGAGUGGCGGUGGUCAAGUGAUGGCCCAGGAGAUGGGGGUGAAGUUCCUGGGGAUCGUUCCAGUAGACGUCAAGUUCGGGGAAUUGGUGGAAGGGAAGAUGAUUGCUGGAAGUGACAUUGAUGAAGACAGCGACGACGAGCAAAGCUCAGAAAGGCCCCAGCCAGAAGAACCUGUCGAUGAAAGGCCGCUUGUCGAAAGAUAUAAGGAUUGCUGGUCCUACCCUCGAUUCGAAGAGUUCGCAAAAACAUUAAUAUCCGAUAUAGAGAGAACAGCGGCCAACUAGACGCCUAUUUUAACCUACUGUCUUUCUUGCAUGGGGAAAUGGCACUGGCUUUGUAUCAUUUUCUUUUGCUUUGCAUUAUGCACUCAAAUUCAACAGCGAUAUUAUGAUUCAAUAUUUUAUAUUGGUCGGGAAGGGAGUUUAAAAUUGCAUUGAAUGCAUUGGAUUUACUUCGAUUUAUGCCAUAUGCCAUCAAAUAAUGAGCUAGAUAUGAUUUUUGAUUUUUAGGGGGUUAACAAGGUACUAGCUUUGUAAUAUGAUUAUAUAUAAGACUAUGGUGGAUAUAUGAGACCUAAAAAGCAAUUCGAGGUGUUAUUAUCAUCAACCAUCAUCAUAAUCAAGAUCCAUCAGUCAUUAAGUAAUAUACCAGGCAGCGAG